AUGGAGACUGUAGAGACGAUAUGUUUCAUUUUGGGAACUUUUUCUAAUUCUUACUUUGUUAAUUUGCAGUCACCUUGCCCUCAAACAAAGUGUGAAGGAGUUUGUGAAGACGAUCUGUAUGAUGACUUCAAUAUGGAUGAAAUUGAUUUGAACCUUGAAAAAUAUGAAGAACUCUUUGGGGUAACUCUCAAUCAUUCAGAAGAACUUUUCGAGAAUGGUCGAAUUGAUAGCUUAUUUGGGACAAAGGCCAUGUCUGCUACUGAUUACUACUGUCAGGGUGCAGUGGCUGCCGAGGGCUCAUCCCGUGGACUAGUGAAUGCAAUCAAGCCAGCAUGCAGCAAUGCCGCGUCUGCUGAUUCCAUGUUGAGAAGUAAAACCGAUUCAAUUUUGUAUUUUCUUGCAAGGCAGGACCAUUCAAGCUUCUCCUUUUCUGGCCUUACUGGAGAGAGUAGCCGAGGAGAUUACCAAGAUUGUGGGGCCUCGUCAGUGCUUCUCACGGGACAACCCCCUUGGGGUCCUCAGUCUGCCGAGGGCUCCUUCCCAUCGGCUACUCGAAGUGAUGCUGUCAUGCGUUACAAGGAAAAGAAGAAGACACGGAAGUUUGAAAAGCGAGUCAGAUAUGCCUCUCGGAAAGAAAGGGCCGAUGUGCGAAAGCGUGCGAAAGGACGCUUUGUCAAAGCUGGUGGUGCCUAUGAUUAUGAUCCACUGAACCCAACUCGAAGCUGCUGAGAGUACAACCUACAACUAUGCUUAGAACAAGUAACACCGGAUGUUAUUUGGAUACAAAAAAUACCAUGAAUAAAUUUGUUGGUCCUGGUUGUCCAUCACCAUAAAAGAUCCACGGAUUGUGGCCUCAUUCACAAGAUCUGCCUUGAUCGCCUUUGCUGCCAUAUUACGUCCGAGAAAAGUUCACCUGCUCAAAGUCAUUUGUUUGUUCAGUGUCGAACUGAAAAUACUUCCGGAUACUCCAAGCCAUGAAUAUGCUCUCAGUGUUCAUGUUAGACAAAGUAUAUACUUCUGUUCUCAGCCCUCUGUAAAAUCUGUUGCUGUUGCCAUUGACACUGCUAAUAAUUCUCAAUUCGCCGUGACAUGCAAAUGAGCAUGCAGCUAUAGUUUUGCUCUUUCUUCUUUAAUUUUUUUUAAAUGUUUAUCCUAAUGACGUGUAUAGCCAUAGAUAUUUGCAGAGUUGCAGUUGAGAGACUGGAAACUUGCAAUUGUAAUAUUUUCUCUUCUGGCGUAUAACAAA